UGGGAAUGCCCCUUGGGCCCACGGGUACUUCGGGUUCAAUGAGUUCUGGGCAGUCUACAAGUCAAAUGGCGGGCUCGCAGUUAAGCCCGUUGACCCCACGCGGUAGGGAGCUCCUAAAGCUCCAACAGGUCGAAAGGAUUCGCGAACGGUUAGAGAGGGAACUGAAGCAAGCAACCGAUAGAGAAAAUGAGAUCAAAAGAAGAGCAGCCAGGCUUGAUACGUUAGAGGCAGACAAAGCUGCAUUAGAGGGUUUGGAUGAGUCAGCCAUGACUGACCAAGUGAAAAUAUUGAAGAAAAGCAUGUUGUCGCUGCAUGCGCAUGUGGACAGCAGGUUGGACUUCAUGCAGAACUCUUUAGACCAGAUCUUGGAUCUUUUGCAAAGGCCAGGAUUCCGGCUAGCAGCACAGUCGCCGUUGCCGUUAAUGGCGAUGUCAGGCCCCUUUCCGGUACAAGCUGGCACACAACCAAGUGGGAAAGGUCGUGACUUCGGACGAUAUGUCCGUGCUGGAGCCCAUCGGUGGUUUGUUCGUGAAACGGGAAAAGGCAAUGCGGCAUCUCAGCAGCCGCCUGUGGUGUUAUUGCAUGGAGUACCAACUCAGUCAUAUAGUUUCAGAGUGGUUAUGAAACAGUUGUCGGACAACCAUGGCUACCACUGCUUCGCUCCUGAUUGGAUCGGGUUCGGAUUCACGGAGAAGCCGCAGCCGAAAUACGAUUUCGCAUACACAGGUGAGUGCCCGACGCCCGUGUUGUAACGACCGUAAUCGGUUGGGAACUUGAGAAGAUGAGGGCUCAAAAUUCAAAUUUCAAAUCCUAUUUCACUUUUCAAU